UUUUGCUCUCAGUACAACAAACACGAGAGCACAACUAUACCCUACGUAUCCACACGUUGACCGUCCUGUGACUGCUCUUUGUUCAGGCUCUUCGCUCACACGAACUGUCGAGGGCCGCAACGAGCUGCAGAGACACCUGCUCAUCAUCAUGUAUAAAACUGCAGCCCUUACGGCAUGCCUAGCAAGCCUCGCGGCAGCGCUGCAGGUGCCCACGCGACGCCAGUUUGGCAUUGGUGUCGGCACCGCUGCCGUCGUACCACCAGCGCUGGCUGCGGGCGGUAAGGUCGUGGUCGUCGGAGGCGCCGGCUUCGUCGGUACUGAAAUCUCGCAUCUCUUGGCGACGCAGGGCGUCAAGGUCUGUGUGGAAUCAAGUUUCGGACGCCCCACGCCAUCGACGCGACGUCGUCCUCGUAACUGCAUCCGCUCGAUGGCGCGUAGAUUCCACGCCAUCGACGCGAGGUUCACUGUUAUUUCCACAUAGGUCAAGGUCGUUUCCGUUUCCCGUCGCAGCGCCGCAGCGCAAGCGCAAAAGGUCCAAUACGAGCAGUUCGUCGAUUUCGUCUCGCUCGACGCCUCGAAGGACGACCUUUCCAACGUGUUCAAGGGCGCGAGCGCGGUGAUCUCCUGCGUCGGCGUGGCGCCGGGGCAAAAGAAUCAAUUGGACGGGAAUGGAGCGGUGAAUGAAAGGAUAGCUGACGCCGCCAAGAAGGCUAAGGUAGGGCGCCUCGUAUACAUAUCCGUCGCCUCGGCAAUUUCAGAAGGCACUGGGAAGUUACUCUUCGCUGACUACGUCAAGGGCAAGGCCCAGGCCGAGGCGGCCGUACAGCGGAACUACGGCGGGGGCAGUUCGCUGAUCAUCCGCCCGGGCGUCAUCUCCGGCGGCGGCCCCGGCCUGCCGCCCCCGCCCGGCGUGCCGCCCGUGCCCGUCGACGCCGUCGCGCGAGCAGCCGUCGCCGGCGCGCUCGGCAAGAAAAGCGGUGUGCUUGAUGGGCGCGACGAGAUCGUGCGCAUCUAGAGUCGUCACUAGCGUAACGUGCAGUGGUGU